AUGCAUGAAGAAUGGUCCACGAACAUCCUACUGAACGACCCGAUGCGGAUGUACCGCGCCAAGCGCGACGCAGCCCGCAAGCGGGUCACGGACAAGUACACCAUCCAGGGCUUCAUCUCGUCGGGCACGUAUGGGCGCGUGUACAAGGCACAGAGCAAGGAGAGCGAUGGGCGUAUAUAUGCGAUUAAGAAGUUCAAGCCCGACAAGGAGGGCGACGUCGUCACGUAUACGGGAAUCAGCCAGAGUGCUAUAAGGGAAAUCGCAUUGAACAGAGAAAUGUCUCAUGAGAAUGUGGUCGCUCUCAAGGAGGUCAUCUUGGAGGACAAGUCCAUUUACAUGGCAUUCGAGUACGCAGAACACGACUUCCUGCAAGUCAUCCACCACCACUCCCAGUCCCGGACCGCCGUCCCCAUGCCCGUACUCAAGUCGCUCACCUACCAGCUCCUCAACGGGCUGCUCUACCUGCACGACGCGCACAUCAUCCACCGCGACCUCAAGCCCGCGAAUAUCCUCAUCACCGCCGGCGGCGUCGUCAAAAUCGGCGACCUCGGCCUCGCCCGCCUUACGUACCAGCCCCUCCAGCCGCUCUUCAUGGGCGACAAGGUCGUCGUCACCAUCUGGUACCGCGCGCCUGAGCUCCUCCUCGGCGCGAAACAUUACAACAAGGCGGUCGACGUGUGGGCAGUCGGGUGUGUCAUGGCGGAGCUUGCGAGCUUGCGGCCGAUAUUCAAGGGCGAGGAGGCGAAGCUGGACGCGAAGAAGAACGUGCCGUUUCAGAAAGACCAGAUGUUGAAGAUCAUCGAGGUUCUGGGCACCCCGCAAGAAAGAGACUGGCCCGGUCUGAAGGAUCUGCCGGAGUACCAAAGCUUGAAGCGUCUCGACGUGUACCGUAGCCGCCUCAACGAGUGGUGUCACUCGCGCAUCAACUCCAAGGAGGGCUUCGAGCUCCUCUGCCAGCUCUUCGAGUACGACCCCGACAAGAGGCUCACCGCCAAGGAAGCCCUCCAACACAAAUGGUUCCAAGAAGAGCCAAAGCCAACGCUGAACGCAUUCGCCUCUCUUGCUCCGAAUCAGGGCUACCCCCAGCGACGAAUCACACACGACGACGCGCCGUCGAUGAUACCCCUCCCCGCGGCGAACUCGCAAGCGCAACAGCUCGUGCAGGCUCAGGCGCAGGCAGCGCACCUCUCGCAACAGCUCUCGACGCACCCGCAUUCCGGGAAGGCGGGCAGCGCGGGCGCGGCGAGCUUUACGAGCUUGAGUGGAGGAGCGACGGGCGUAGGGAGUGGACAUGGGAGGAAGAAGACUAGGCUGGGGUAG